GCCUGCGCGUCGGGAAGGUGUGGUAGUUAGAGCCGCGCCGAGCGUCCCACGGCGCUCGGCCCCUCCGCGGCGGAGCGUCCCCGGCCGCCGGCGCCGCAUAAGGCAAAGGCUUUCCGACUUCAGCUACAGUGCUAGCUAAGUCGGGGAAGGCAACACGGAGCGAAGCCGCGCGUCCCCCCGCCUCUUGACGGCUGAGCGGGCCAGCAUGGCGCGGGGAGCGGAGCCGGCGGGCGAGCGGCGGCGCUGCGGAUCUGUGGUUGCCUAUUUUACUUCGGCAAAGUUUCUCCUUUACCUUGGGCAUGCACUGUCCACUUGGGGAGAUCGUAUGUGGCAUUUUGCUGUGUCUGUAUUCCUGGUUGAACUUUAUGGAAACAGCUUACUCCUGACUGCAGUCUAUGGACUGGUUGUGGCGGGAUCAGUUCUUCUCCUGGGAGCCAUUAUUGGAGACUGGGUGGACAAGAACUCCAGGCUCAAAGUGGCCCAGACAUCCCUGGUUGUACAGAAUGCAUCCGUCAUCCUGUGUGGUAUUAUCCUGAUGAUUAUCUUCUUGUUUAAGACACAGCUUUUGACUUUAUACCAUGGAUGGCUUCUUACGAUGUGCUAUAUCCUGGUUAUCACAAUAGCAAAUAUUGCCAAUUUGGCCAGCACUGCCACAGCAAUCACAAUUCAGAGGGACUGGAUUGUUGUGAUUGCAGGGGAAGACAGAAGCAAACUGGCAGAUAUGAAUGCCACAAUAAGAAGAAUUGAUCAGUUGACCAAUAUCUUGGCUCCAGUGGCAGUUGGUCAGAUAAUGACAUUUGGCUCCCCAAUGAUUGGCUGUGGAUUCAUUUCUGGUUGGAACCUGAUGUCGAUGUGUGUGGAAUAUCUGCUGCUCUGGAAGGUUUAUCAGAAAACCCCUACUCUGGCUCUCAAAUCUGCAAAAGUUGAAGAAUCAGAACUGAAACAGCUGAAUGUAAAGAAAGAGAGUGAUGUGAAACCUGCUGAAGGAGUGCAGUUAAUUGUUGAAAAAGAUGUAACUGGCUUUGAGCCCCAACAGGAGAAGGAGAUGAGCUGCGGUGCCCGGAUUGCUGAGCCUUUCAUCACAUUCCGUGAUGGAUGGGUUGCGUACUACAACCAGCCAGUGUUUCUUGCAGGCAUGGGUCUUGCCUUUCUGUAUAUGACUGUUCUGGGCUUUGAUUGUAUUACUACAGGCUAUGCCUACACUCAGGGUUUGAGUGGCUCAGUGCUAAGUCUCCUGAUGGGUGCCUCAGCAGUCACUGGAAUCAUGGGAACAGUAGCUUUCACUUGGCUUCGUCGCAAAUGUGGCCUGGUUCGCACGGGCCUCAUUUCUGGAGUUGCUCAAUUUGCUUGCCUGGUCUUAUGUGCUGUCUCUGUGUUUAUGCCUGGAAGUCCUAUGGAUUUGACUGUCUCCCCAUUUGCUGACAUCAGUGCUAGGCUGUUUGAAAGUGAACCAUUACCUGCUAUAGCAUCUCCAGAAGAUAAGCCUCAAGUGGUUUUUGCAACUGAAAUGUCCAACUUGUUAAAUGGGUCUACUACUCCGGCUAACAGCGACCCAGAGAUGAGUCCUGAGCCUGUGCCUUUGCUCUCUGUUAGUCUCCUGUUUGCAGGAGUCAUUGCUGCUAGAGUUGGCCUUUGGUCCUUUGAUUUGACUGUCACACAAUUGCUCCAAGAAAAUGUGGUAGAAUCUGAAAGAGGCAUCAUAAAUGGUGUCCAAAACUCCAUGAAUUAUCUUCUUGAUUUGCUGCACUUCAUCAUGGUCAUCUUGGCCCCAAAUCCUGAAGCUUUUGGCUUAUUGGUGCUUAUUUCUGUGUCUUUUGUUGCCAUGGGCCACAUAAUGUACUUCAGAUUUGCGCAGAAAACCUUGGGAAAACAACUUUUUUCAUGCCGCACUCCUGAUCCCAAAGUGUCUGACAGUUCACCAACUGGUAACACAUCUACUGUCUGAGAGGAUCCACUUCUCUUACUAGCUUGCUACACAAAUAUAGUGGUUAAACACAUAUACUGCUUUUUGUGACCCUAAGGUGUUUCUCUAGAGUCGAACAGCAUAACUUAGCUGUUUGAGGAAGCUGUUCAAAGAGAGCUAAAAGUCAUCUUACAGUGACCCUGUGAAAGUGUUUCAUGUUUGGUAGAGGACAACCUAAUUGGAUCUUGACAGCUGGUGUUUCAAAGGAUCCCUACAUCUAGUACUUGAUCUCAAAAGUUAUGUUGACUUCCUGUUGCUGACCCCCCUACAGUGAUACUUUUUAGUGGUUAUACUAGCUCAAUUUGUUCAUGAAGUCUGAACAAUUUUUGUGUCUAUUGAGCAAAACAAGGUGGGUUUUUUUUAGUUGCUUCAGAAUAACUUGAUCUAUAGUAUUUGAUUUUUGUGGAGUUUUUCCUCGGUUUUCCACCUUACCAUGAGCAAUGGUGUAAGCAUCAUUCUUGGAUUCCUGAAGUGGACUCUUGAGUUCCGAUGUUUUACCAAAAUACAUUUUUAUUAUGCUGUUUUGGUUUAACUUUACAGAAACACCUUUGUAGGUUUUUUUGCAUGUUUUCGUACAAAUUAGAUGAGUGCUAGGUAAAAGAUAUUGUAUUACACUUUUGUUGCACUUGAUAAAGUAAAACAUAGCCUCAUCUUAGCAGAAGCUGUUGAUGUAACAUUAGAAAGCAUGGCUUUUUUUAAUUGCAAAUGACAGGUCUGCUCAGGUUUAAUGUAGCAGAAAGUGCUAAGGUACAGGAAGAUAACGUCUAGGGCUAACUUAGUUUUUGCAAGCAGCUUUAGUUAUUUUUGCUGUUGUUUUCAGAAACCCUACUAAAGUCUGAUGUAUUGGUAUAUUAUUAGUAUUCCAGGCAAAAGAAGUCAAAAAGUGGAUUACUUGCGUGUACCUGUUUUACGUGUAUGUGAAUUUUGACUCAUUUUGGUCUGAAAUACCGCUAAGACAGUGAGAUGUUGGACUCUGUGGCCCUCUAAAGCAAUUUCGGAGCAAUGAAGAGUGAUAUAUCCCUCUGAUUUUUCAGGAAGUUCUUGCAUUUUUAUUUUUUUUUUUACCCUGCAUGUCUACUAACACAGUACUUCCAUAGUCAGUAACCGUAUGUGCACUUUUGUGGAAACUACACACUUUGCUCUCACAGUAGAGUUGAACCGGGUGGUGAUCUGAAUUUUCCUAUGGCAUGACAGUAUGACUUCUAAACUUAAAUCUUUGUAAAAAUGUAUGUUUGCAAAAUAAUUGGUAUGCAAAAACAUACACCAGCAACUUGUGAAGGGUGUGCUCUGCAACUCUUAAGCCAUUUUGUAUUUUAGGUACUGGCCUUCACAGUCAUCUCUGUUGCCAGACUUCAACCCUGGAAUGUGUGUGAGCUCCAUUGACAUUAAAGGCGUUACACCAGGGCUGAAUCUAGGCCAUUCAUCAUAAAAUUUUUAAUGAUUACAUUAUGUAUCAAACUAAACAGAAUGUGGGUUUUCUUUUGGAUACAGUAGUUUGUAAGAGGAGUGGAAGUGAAUGUACAGCAAAUGUACUUGUAGCCCUCAGUAUUCAAUAACUGGAUGUAACAGUUCUCCUCUAAUGGACCAAAGCUACCUGUUACCACUAUGUUACUGGAAGUGUCUCAGGGAUGUUUUCACUAGCUUUAUGAGUGUUUAUACUUUGACCACGCUUUAGGUUUUUAAUAAAGUAAAAUAUGUAAA